AUGCCUGCACCAGCACCAACGCCAUUGCCUAGCCUCAUCCUCUUCGUUGGAGCCCCGUCUCCAGCCUCUGUGAACCCCCAAUCCUGCACUCUCAACAGCUUUGAGGAGUCAUUCCACACCAUAUUUGGCCCUCUAGACACCGGCAAGCCCAAACUACGGCAACACACAGACCCGACCUCGGACGCUGAAAUUGCAUCACAAACCCACGCCGUUUGGCGGUCUGUGCCGCUCAACCGUCGUCCUCUUCACACUGGCCUGAGCCAAAAUCACAGCAUCCUAGACAUCCCCUUUCAAGCUCAUCGCGAGUUCUUCACCACGGCGGAUGCUCUCCCUGGAGAUGAUACACAAUCCUUUGACCGUGGCGACGAUGGAGGAACACUCCUCACACAAUUUGUUGAGGAGUCGCUGGCCGCUCACAACUUGAUACCAUCCAGUCAACUGGGCAGUUUCAGCUUGAACACAACUGAAGAUACUACAUCAUUCACCACAACCUCUUCAAACGAGGUCUCCCUGCAAGACCCCACUCGGUCACUACCGACGCCGGUGCCAUCACACCUCUCAGAUUUAGAAGACGUUCCUUCAGCAGCUCGCAUCCUCGCCCUGAGCCCCCAGACAGUGACACUGAAUUUGAUCGUUGCCGUUAUCUCCAUCGCCCAGCCUCGGACUGUCACAACGCGUUGGGGCACAACUUUAUCGCUGGUUGAAGUCCUGGUUGGUGAUGACACCAAAUCAGGUUUUGCGGUAACUUUUUGGCUAUCCAACGACCAGGUCUCAACCAGCCAAGUGAGCAAGCUCCGCCGACAAGACGUUGUGUUGAUGGAAAAUGUGGCACUUCACGUUUUCCGCGGCAAGGUUUAUGGCCAAAGUCUGCGCAAGAAUUUGACGCGUGUGAGCCUCCUAUGGCGGAGCGGAGGGGGCGGCUACUAUGAUAAUAAAGACAUCGCUAGACGAACGGCUGCGAAGCAUCCUCAACGGGAAAAGACACGACUCGUCAAAGAUUGGGUUAUUCAGUUUGUUGGACGAGAUUUGGGAGCAACCACACGAAAAGAGGCCAGCCGGAAAUCGUGGGAUCGGCCUCCCGAUGAUACCCAGUAA